UUGAGUGAAGCGGCGGUUAAAGAGCCGUGCAUGCUGAAAAUACGGUCUGCGUAGCAUAGCCGGAAAUUGAUGCACUAGCUGUGACACAGUACCCAAGUGCAAGGGUUGAAUUUUUCACUCGAACGACGUAGAAAAUACACAGUGGAGAGGGUUUUGCAGAUUAUAAUAUGGGCGUUUCUUGUUGUUUCUGAAGUGCUGCUCUCGCUUCCACGCUGGGAGGAACAUGGCCGACUCCGACUGCUUUAUCACCUCUAGCCUGGACAUGGUACAAGCAGAACCGUGCGGGACAAAUGAUGCUAAGGCAUCAGCCAAGACAGCGGGAAAAGUGGUGGUGUUUGACUGUCGUCGAGAAAACAGUGUCGUCUCUCAGAAGGUCUUGGACAUCCAGGGCAUGGGUUUCACUGAUUUUCUGAGAGCUCUCUCAAAGGAGUUUUCCAUUUCCUCAGAUGAAAGGUUUGUGUUGACAACAACAGACAGGAAGGAAAUCAAUGCAGGGAAAUUUGCAAAGCUAAAAGAUGGAAGUACUUUGCACAUGCUUCAUUCUGUCGAUCAAGUCCUGCCAGGGUCCACAAAGGAACGCAUCCUCUUUCUGCCACAUUAUGACACACUCAUCCAAAGUGGCAUGUAUGAGUACUAUGCAAGCGAAGGGCAGAAAUCAUUACCUUAUGCCUUUGCGGAACUCAUUGAUAAUGCGUUGUCAGCAACUGCAAAAAAUGAUGGUGUCAGGACAAUAGACAUUAGACUGUUGUUUGAUGAAUCUCAGGGCAAGCCUGCGGUAGUUGUGGUAGACAAUGGUUGUGGAAUGACAUCCAAGCAACUCAACAACUGGGCUGUUUACAGGCUGUCCAAGUUCACCAGAGAGAGCAGUGAGUUUGAAAGCAAUUCUAUAGACUAUGUUCGACCUGCCCCAGUUCCUCGUAGUCUGAACAGUGAUAUAUCUUACUUUGGAGUUGGAGGAAAGCAGGCUGUAUUCUACAUAGGACAGUCAACCAGAAUGAUCACCAAACCUGUGGGAUCCAUGGAUGUUCAUGAGCUUCUUCUGUCAAAAGAGGAGUUUGAAAAAAAGGAGAAGAAUAAACAGGAGAUUUAUGAAGGUUUCAUUCUGAACAGAAAGCCAGGUGACUCUUCCCACAUUUCCAGUGAGGAUGAGCGCUUUCUUCACAGCCUCAUUUCAGAAGAGAUUGGUAAAGACCACUUCACCGCUGUGGUGGUGACUGGAAUCCAGCCAGAGCACAUAGCAUUCCUGAGGGCAGACUUUCACCUGUGGACGAGAGAGCUAGCGCAUGUGUAUCAUUAUUAUGUACAUGGACUACAAGGAAAUGACUUGAACUCCUCAGACAGAAAUGCUGAUACUGUGAACAUUGAUAUUCAGAUAUCCUUGCUGGAGAAGCUGAAGAUACCAAGGACCAUAAAUCUCAGAGAGAUCAAUAAUGAUAUGCAGACACUGUACAUCACGUCCUCUGUCGACUCUUUCGAGUUCAAGGUGCAAGUGGAGGGGGAGGGCAGUGUGGAAGGGAUCAUUAGAUACCACCCCUUCCUUUAUGAUAAGGAAACCUACCCAAAGGAUCCAUACGCCAUACCAAUUUCACCAGAAGAAGAGGAUGAGGACUGUGUCAUUAUUAACCAGGAUGGAAGGGGCAAGAGACCUAUUUUCGAGUGCUUCUGGAAUGGCCGACUGAUACCUUACACAACUGUGGCAGAAUUUGACUGGUGCGCUCGGCCCAAAAAGUCAGGGCCCGUACCCGCAGAGUGUUACAGCAGGAUCUCGGGCGUUCUGUUCACCAACGAUAAGUUCCAGGUCAGCACCAACAAGCUGACCUUCAUGGACCUGGAGCUGCAGCUCAGAGGCAAACAGACCAUCUUCACACGGAUCGUCAAUGGGCAGGAACAAAGAGUGAAGAUUCAGAAAGAAUUCACACAGUGGCUUAAAGGAUGUCAUGAGAAGUGGGACAAGCAGGUGAAGUUUUCAGGGUUUAAAGGCAUCAUGACAAGGACUGACGUUGCAACAAAAAAGUUGCAGUCUCCGUGGGCAAGGUUUAACGCCAUCGAGUGGGAUGGAAAAACCUACAAAGCCGGUCAAUAUGUGAAAUCCCAAAAAACCCAUCCUAUUUUAUUUGGAACAAUUGUCCAGUUUCUUCUCUAUGGUGAUCAUGAUGGAGAUGUGCAUUCAACUGGAGGUCAGGUCCAAAUUGCCAUGGAGCCUAAGGCAGUUUAUGAUGAGGUGCGGACGAUUCCAAUCUCAAAGAUUGACAGAGGGGCUACCCUCGCAGCCAUCAGGAAGUACAUGGAUGACGAACUGGCAAAGCUUCCAGACAGGCUGAAGGUAACAUGGCCAGAGGGAAAUGAGUGGGCCCAGAUGGAAACACGGCAGGCAGGGACGCCAUUUGGUCCAAUCCAAGUGGAGAUCCUAAACAAGAAAGGGGAAUCGAUGACAAGGAUGCCAGGACCCAAUCACACUGCAUCAAAGAAACUUCUCAUUGAAUUAAAGGUUAUUUGGCAUUCCCCUACUGGUGACGUUGAAACAAACUCUCACGUCUGUCAACACGGCGGGAAAUGGGCCUAUUGGUUUAAAACGAUGGAGAAUCUAAACAAAUUGGGAAAAUACACGCUGCACCUGCAGACAGUGAUGAAUGAGAAUAAUGCCAGUGUCUGUGCUGGAGAGCCGCUGCCAUCUUGGAAAUUAGAGUUCUCCAUACGUGAGGGGUGUCCUGAGAGGUUUAUGGUGGCAGCAAUUUGCACCCCUUUCCACGUGGGCGAGCCGUUCAGCAUUUCGAUGGAGCUUUUUGACGAAUUUGGGAACCCUGCACGGCCGCCUCCUGACCUUAAGCCAGUUCUAGAGUGUAGUGCAUUAGACAUCAGUUAUGAGGACACUGCAGCAAAAGGAACCACUUUUAUCAUUAAAGGUGUCAAAGCCAAAGGCCCUGUGAAGAGCUUUCAGGGGAAGACCUAUAAUGUGAAGGUUAUCUUGCCUGGCCUGAAACAGAAUUCUCAGACACUGAAAAUAAUUCUUCUUCCUGGUCAGCCGCAUAUUCUCAGAGUUAAGCCUGACUCCGGCGAAAUAUCAGUUGAAAAUGGAACGGCCAUCAUGUUCCAAGUGGAGGUGCAAGACGAAGCAGGAAACAUUACAACUCAUCCGAAGCUCAUAGUACGGUGUCGGUUGCUGGGCGCAUCGAACCUGCCCGUGGAAGCAGUGGACUGCUGCAAUACUGGAACUGGAUCCUUAAUGGAUAAGCCAUUGUAUAUUAAGAACAUCCAGACAGAACAGACCAUAACGGCGAAAUUUGACAUCCCGAGUCUCAAGAACAUCGAAGUGGUGGAAAGGACUUUGAGGAUCACUCCUAGCAGCCGGGUGGCCAGGUUGGAGAUAUUCAGUCAAGAGGGAGAAAAUGUCAUGGUUCUUGAAGACAAGGAGAAGAUCGGCUGGACUGCUGGAGAUACACUGGAACACCUCCACUUUCGAUUGUUUGAUGAAGGAAACCGAAAUGUGCCCAUUACGGCCAGUCUAGCAAAGAAGAUCAAGGUGAAUUGGAGGGCAGAUCUGUAUAUUGAAGAUCUACAAAAAGGAAAACUACCCAAUGUUCAAAUUGCCAAUUUGGUGAAAGAUGAUCAUUUCUAUCAAGUUUCAUUCCAGGAUGAAAACAAGUCUGUGGAGUGUUCUUUCACUAUAACGCCUCGUGCAGACGAGCCGAAACGCAUGAAGGCCACGCUGAAGUGUGAGACCUCUGUAAGGAUGGGAGAGGUGUUGCCUGGGCAGAUCCAUUUGGAGGUUGUGGACCAGUAUGGAAAUAAAACCCAGGCCUUGACUUCGGCUUGUGUGAACUCCUUUGGGGUGUCUGCAGAAGGUCUCGAUAAAUCACAGUUGAAAAUCUCAUGGCAGGAAAGUAUCCAAGUGAUAAUGGUGGAAGGGGUGAAGUUUCAUCCUGGCAAGCCAGGAUCCAGAGAGCUGUGCUUCGCCUGGAGAGACUUCGCAGAGUAUGUGCGCGUAAAUGUGAUUGCUGGACCGCCAGCGCAGCUCCAGCUUGUUGACGGCCCUGAGGAGCCUCUGCAGGUCUUCAAUGGGAAGGACCUCGAGAAGCCUUUCAUUGUUCAACUGUGUGAUGCAUGGAAAAACCCCUCGCCCGAUCCACGAGUCAUCAUCUCUCUAAAGCCCUCAGCAACCGCCUUAAAGAUUAAACCCUCUCCGACUUCACAGUCAGUAGACAGAGAUGGAAGAGCCAGCUUCACUGUGUGCCAAGUGACAGCACCCAAGGGAGAGUACGGCCUGGAGUUUAAAGGCUCAUUAAAUAAGCAAUCCAUCCCGGGACCUGUGGUGAAACUAAAAGUACUCCCAGAUCCUAACAAACCUGUCAAACUUGUGGUAAGCUACAAUGCAGAUGCAGCAUUCCCUGCCGGAGGUUUCUUAACAGUGUUUUCCGUGAUGGUGGAGUCGGAAGAUGGUGGUGCGGUAAAGAAUCUAAGCCCAGCCUCCAUAUCAAUGCUCAUGUGGAAGGGCGAGUCAUUUGGGCCCAGGCCGCCACCGGGUGCUUCAACACUCAAGUGCAGUAAACCCAAGGACACAGAGAAGGUCGACUGUUUUUACUUCAGAGACAAAAUAAUCCCAGAUCGUGUUGGAAAGUACACAAUUCAGUUCGUAUUUUGUGUGGAGAAAAAUCAAUGUCUAUGGAGCAAUCAGUAUAUUAUAAAUGUGGUGCCAAACGAUCCAGUGAAAUUGAUGCCAGAUAUCCAGCCAGCAACCCCAGUUGUUUCCAAUAUCAACGCCAUCGAGAGUCGGUUCCUGAUACGGAGCUUGCCUCUUAUGAUAAUGGAUGAGUAUGACAACCCAGCUGGCACGGACAUGAAUGGGAAGGUGGUGGUCUCCAUCAAGAGCUCCAACAGCAGCCAGAAGGAGCUUCCACUCUUUCAGGGGAAGACCAAAACCAUGCAGUUCACCCUCUCUAAGGGCGUGGCUUUGAUCACGAAUCUUGCAAUCAUGGAAAACUGCCCAGGCACCGACGGAACAGAGUAUAUCUUGCACUUCAAACCAAUUGUCCCUGGUUUCAAGCAAGGGAAAGCUUUGCGACCGUUUGAGCUUCCCUUCAUGUUUUACAAUGAUUCCAAGAAUCAGCAGCAAAUGGCCACUUUGACUAAAGAAAAGGACCGGCUGUCUUUAUCUAUUGUUGCUUACAGAAGUUUGUUUGACACAAACAAUCAACUGAUCUCAGAGUUAAAAGGUCAGCUUCAAGAUGCAGUCAACAGGGAGGUGCUUCUGAAAUCUGAAAUCAGGAAAAUUCAGAUAAAUAUCACAGGGCUUGGAACUAUGGAAUCAGUUGAAGCCCUCAUCAAAGAGAAGAUGGCUGAACAGGAGAGAAUUUCGCAACAGCCUCGAAGGACGUGCACCAUCCCCGAUGUUUUCAAGGGCAACCCAGAUGUCCUUGGAAAGGUCGCUCACCUAGCGCAGGUCGAGGAUAACGAUGCGGCGAGGGUCAUCUCCUGGCACCUGUCCGGUGAUAUGGACUGUGUGGUAACCGUGACAACGGAAGCAGCUCGACAAAUCUAUAACGACACCCAGGGCAGACAGCAGGUGAUGCCCUUGGAGACUAUCUUCUGGAGGAGCACCAACAGGCCCCUGCCUCAUAUAAGGAAUGGAUUGAGCACCUUUCCACCUGUUGGAAAUCCUGUGUUUGUUCGUGAUCUCCUGAUUUUCCCGAAUCACGCAGAGCGCUGUCAGAUUGUAUUUGGAAAUCUUCUGGGAGAUACCAUUUUGAUUGACGACCUGGAUUCAGCUAACCACUAUCGGAAGGGGGUUGUCCAAAAUAAAAUGCAGUGCCCUACUCUGCUGACGAGACAAGGCGAGCGAAUACGCAGUAACGGGAAGUUUGGCGGCUUGCAGAACAAGGCUCCGUCCAUUGAAAAACUACGAGGGCAAGUGUUUGGAGCACCCCUUCCAAAACAGUAUUACACACUCUGCACGCAAAUCGAGCUCCUUCAGCAGUAUUGCAUUGCCAAGAUGAAGUACAGACAAGUGAAGGAAGACUACGAGAUUCACAUGCAAUACAUGAAGUCUCCAGAUAUGGUUCAAAAGGAGAAGGAGAUGAAGGAACAGGAGGACCAGCUCAAAGACAUAGAGCUCAAACUCGGUAUGACUCCAACCAGUAGGAGGGAUCAUUCUGGAAUGAAGCGUGUGAUGCAGGAGUCUGGGGAACAUUCUGAAAUAGCCUCAAAAAGAACACGUCGGGGGGACAAGGCUCCUCCCAUGGAUGACAUAGCAUCUCCUGGAAGAAUGACAAGGAAACGGGUGUCUUGAUAGCACCUGCAUGAACUUUGUUUUUUCUUCUUCUGUGUUCCUGCUAU